AUGUCAGAAAGAGAAAGGGCGGCGGUGGCACGGUGGCUAGGGCCGCGCGCGGCGGGGCUGGGGCCGCUGCGGCGCGCAGUGGGCGCGGGCUGGCUGCGGCCCGCGCGGUCGGGAGGAGCGUCCUCGGGGGUCAUCCCACGCCCAGGGUUGGCCUGGAGGGCCAGCAGCUGUGGCAGCUUUUCAGCAGAAGCAACCGCCGCUAAAACAGAAGAUGACUCCUUCCUCCAGUGGUUUCUGCUCCUCAUUCCUGUGACUGCCUUUGGCCUGGGGACGUGGAAGGUCCAGCGUUGGAAGUGGAAGCUACAGCUGAUCGCAGAGCUAAAGUCUAGAGUUAAGACCGAGCCCAUCCCGCUGCCCGCAGACCCGAUGGAGCUGAAGAAGCUGGAGUACAGGCCAGUGAAGGUCAGGGGGCACUUUGACCACUCCAAGGAGCUGUACAUGAUGCCGCGGACCAUGGUGGACCCAGCCCGGGAGGCCCGGGAGGCCGGCCGGCUCUCGUCAGUGGCCGAGAGCGGUGCCUACGUGGUUACUCCCUUCUGCUGCACUGACCUGGGAAUCACCAACCUGGUAAAUAGAGGGUUUGUGCCCUGGAAGAAAGUGAAUCCAGAUACGCAGAGUAAAGGCCAGAUUGAGGGAGAAGUGGACCUAGUUGGGAUGGUGAGGCUGACAGAGACCAGGAAGCCCUUUGUCCCUGAGAAUAAUCCAGAGAGGAACCACCGGCAUUACCGGGACCUGGAGGCCAUGGGCAGGCUCACAGGCGCAGAGCCCAUCUUCAUAGAUUCUGACUUCAAGAGCACAGUCCCUGGAGGACCCAUUGGAGGGCAAACCAGAGUCACCCUGGGGAAGGAGUACAUCAUCACCUGGUACGGGCUCUCUGCGGCCACAUCGUACCUGUGGUUUAAGAAAUCCCUAAGACGGACUCCUGGUGUGUGA